AACAUUUAGAUUGCUCUAAAGUAAUCCUUUUCGUUUCCUUGCUAUAAUCGCUUAGUGAAAGUUCAGGAAAUUACGUUUCAUCUGCUCAGACCAGUUCAGUAAGCUCGCCGAGUAGGCAGUUAUGCGGUAGAUAGAUCCGUCCAAACAGUCUACGAUGUCUUUCGUUGGUGUGUGGUUGGCGAUUUUUAGAUAAACGAUGGAUAAUCCAAAAAGUUCCAAACGAUUGGGAUGCAACGUAGACGAUAUAACGUCAAAAGCGAUCGGUGAUUUUGGAAGAUGGCAGUUAAAAGUCACCGUUCUCAUGGCUAUGUUGAAGAUGCCAAAUGCAUGGUAUCAACUAAACAUUAUUUUUAUGGCCCCACCGCAAGAUUUUUGGUGCGAGAAACCGGAAUUAUUUUCUCAAUAUUCAGAUGAAGAAUGGCGGAAAAUUUGUACACCGUUAGUUGAAGAGCGACCGUGUUUUAUUUUUGAUCCGGAUAUGCUAAGUCUUAACCCCAGAAUGAGUAAAGCCCUGAUGCCUCUGGUACCCUGCACGAAAUUCGUUUACAACACAACCAUAUUUGAACGCACCAUCACCUCAGACUGGGAUUUAGUAUGCUCUAAACGCAUUUUCAUUUUCAUAAUUCAGUGCACCUUGAUGUGGGGUGUGCUACUCGGUGGUAUAAUUUUCGGCGUGAUCGCAGAUAAAUAUGGACGCAAGAUUCCACUGAUGGCUGGUAUAGUGAUACAAAGUGUGGCCAGUUACGUCGUCAGCAUACUACCAUGGUUUUGGGCGUGGUUGGGAGUCUGGUUUAUCUUAGCGCUGGCUUCAGGUGGUAUCGGGAUUGUAUCCUUUGUAAUUUGUAUGGAGGCUGUGGGCGGAAAAUGGCGCACAUCUAUUCCCGUACUUUACCAAAUGCCGUUUGGCUUGGGGAGUACUGUGAUGGCUAUACUGGCUUAUUGGCUGCGUGACUGGCGGAAACUAGAAUUUGCACUAGCGACCCUUUCGUCUUUGUAUAUUAUGUACUGGUUUUGGGUACCAGAAUCACCACGAUGGCUCUUGGCUACUGGACAAACUAAAAAAGCUUUAGAAGUAUUAAAAGUUGCAGCCAAAGAAAAUAACACUGAACAAAAUCUGAACGAUACACAAGAUUUAUUGCCAAAAUGUGAAGGCAUAAAAGAAAAAGGCCCUGGCUUCAUUGCUUUUUUCAAGUCUAAAAAUAUGCGGCUAAAAACGAUAUUACUGUCGUUGAAUUGGUUCUUUACUGGAAUGGCUUUUUAUACAUUCUCCCAGUAUCUAGGGUUGAUAGCUGACAACAUUUUCUUUGCCGUUGCGCUAAGUGGCGUAAUAUCCUUACCUGGCGGAAUAUUAUGCGUUCUUAUAAUAUCCAAGACGGGAAGGAAGAAAACUCUUUGGUUAUUUAUGGUCGUAACAGGGGCCUGUUUCAUUGGCAUAAAGUUGGUGCCAAGAUAUCUUUUCCCCAACGAUUGGCCGAGACUACUAUUCGCGGGAAUCGGAUUUGCCGGUCUGGGUGGAAUGGUACCAGCUCUGUACCUUUAUACUGGCGAGUUAUUCCCGACAGUGGGCCGCAACGCUGGCGUCGGUGGCGUGACGAUAUUCGCCAGAAUCGCCGCCAUGAUAUCGCCAGCAGUGGUAGGCUUAGACGAGUUGGUGCCAGACCUACCACUUAUAAUCGUGGCCAUAACGUCAAUAGCUCAGAUUUUCCUGAUUAUACCACUGCCUGAAACGAAAGGCUACCCAUUGCCAGAUACGUUAGAACAAGCUGAACAAUUUAGUAACAAGAAAUAUAAAAAACAAAAUCAAGAAGUAAACGAAAUAAGUGAAUAAUAAUCAAAGCCUACAGAAAAGUUCAAUUCAAAAACUGAAUAAUGACAACACAGAACCUGGAAAUAAUUAAUCUCAAGAUAAUCGUAACUUGCAAAUUAUGUUUAUUUUUUCUCCCUGUGAAUGAAGAGAAAAAAAGAGGGUUUAAUGUAUGACUGUAGUAAUGAAAAACUUGAUAAUUUUCUCACAUCAAAAUCAUAAAGCUUUAUUUUAUAUCUUCAUACAAAAUGAUGUGUAAAAGCAGGAAGUACUACUGGCUCUCAAGUAACAAAACUUUUAUAUUUACAGGUAAACUCAUAAAUGCAUAGCACUGUGGUAUGUGAUACUAUGAAGUACAUAAUUGGAAUGUUUAUAAUGCUUUAUUUGUGACAAAUGUAAAUUUAUACAUACCAACAGACUAAUGACUGACUUUGGUUAUAAAGAAAUGCACAUAUUGCAAGAUAUUAAAUACCA